AUGAAUCGAAGGCUGAAUAUUGAUAUACCCGAGAACAAUACAUUUUUGUUACUGCGAGAUAUAUUGACAGCUGCGGAUCAUUUGAUUGGAAUGAAAUUUGGAAUGGGUACAGUUGACAAUAUGAAUCAUUUGAAAACUAAACAUAUUCGUUCUGUAGCAGAUCUCUUACAAGAUCAAUUUGGAUUGGCUCUCAUUUGUUUAGAAAAUCUAAUUAGAGGAACUAUAUGUAGAGCAAUUAGAUAUAAAUUGAUACCGACUCCUUUGAAUUUAGUGACUUCAACGCCAUUAACAACCACUUAUGAAUCUUUUUUUGGAUUACAUCCAUUAUCUCAAGUUUUAUAUCAAACCAAUCCAUUGACCCAAAUAGUUCAUGGAAGGAAAUUGAGUUCUUUGGGUCCUGGAGGGUUGACGGGGCGAACUGCUAGUUUUCGGAUACGGGAUAUCCAUCCUAGUUGCUAUGGAUGCAUUUCUCCAAUUGACACCUCUGAAGGAAUCAAUGUCAGACUUAUUGGAUCCUUGGCAAUUCAUGCAAGGAUUGGUUGUUGGGGGUGUAUAGAAAGUCCAUUUUAUGAAAUUUUUGAGAGAUUAAAAAGAAUACGAAUGCUUUCUUUAUCACCAAGUAGAGAUGAAUACUAUAUGGUAGCAACGAGAAAUUUUUUAGCACUGAAUCGAGGUAUUCAGGAGGAGCAGAUUGUUCCAGCUCGAUACCGUUAA